GAUAGAUAAGACAUUAAAAAACAGGCUAACCAAUCAUAACUGAAAUGUUUCUGUUAAAGAGCUAAGAAGCAAAAAAAAAAAAAAAAAAAGCUGAAGCUAAAAUCACAGCUUGAUAAUGGCUUCCACCGCCAUUUCUCUUUCUUUACCAACAUUUCCUUCAUCUUCUUCAACUGUUAAAGCUAAACCUUCUAUAUUCAGUCACCACCAUUUAUUCAUUGCAAAGAACGUACCAUCUUCUUCACUCUUUAGUUCUUCAACGAAGAUAACGAAGCAAAUUCGUACUGCCUUCAAGAUCAAAUGCUCAUCGGCUUCUUUUUCGAAUACUCUUCCAUCUGCUCUUCUUUUUGACUGCGAUGGUGUUCUCGUUGAUACUGAGAAGGAUGGUCACCGGGUUUCGUUUAAUGACACUUUCAAUGAAAAAGAAUUGGGUGUUACUUGGGAUGUAGAUUUGUAUGGAGAGUUGCUCAAAAUUGGUGGUGGGAAAGAAAGGAUGACAGCUUACUUUAACAAGACAGGUUGGCCAGAUAAAGCUCCAAAGAGUGAAGAAGAAAGAAAAGCAUUCAUUGCUUCACUUCAUAAACGAAAAACCGAGUUGUUCAUGGCUCUUAUCGAAAAUAGAUUGCUACCUCUUCGUCCCGGUGUAGCCAAGUUGAUUGAUCAAGCUUUGGGGGAAGGAGUAAAAGUUGCAGUGUGCAGUACAUCCAAUGAGAAGGCGGUCUCUGCAGUAGUUUCUUGUUUACUGGGACCAGAACGUGCAGAAAAAAUCCAGAUAUUUGCUGGAGAUGUGGUUCCUCGUAAAAAACCAGAUCCAGCCAUAUAUACAUUAGCAGCAAACACUCUCGGUGUUGAACCUUCAAGCUGUGUUGUUGUAGAAGAUAGUGCCAUAGGACUUGCUGCUGCCAAAGCUGCCGGAAUGACUUGCAUAGUGACAAAGAGCGGUUAUACAGCCGAUGAAGACUUCUUGAAUGCCGAUGCAGUGUUCGAUUGCAUUGGAGAUCCACCAGAGGAACGGUUCGAUUUGGCAUUCUGUGGAAGCCUUCUUGAGAAACAGUAUGUUAGUUAAUUUUUAAAAAAAAAAAAAACACUCGUUUUGUUUGUAUCAUUGUUUGUUGAGAUCAAUGCCUUAAUUUCGUUGUCUAUAAUUGUCAAAUUUUUGGCGACGACUACUUGAAAAAUCACUUUAAAUCUGGAAAUUUAGAUUCCCAUUUGAAGCUUCAA